CAUCAUAAAUUCACGAAAUAAACAAGAGUUUAUAGAAUUUAUUUAGUUUUCUUCCCAACUUUUAAAGAAAUAAAUGAAUUAUUUUAAAUUAUUAACUAUAUUAUUUUAAUCGUGUUGAGUGUCAAAUUAGUUAAAUUGUCAUUAUUCCAGUCCAGCGGACGAACUGAUAAGGCUGAGCAAAACCAAAGAGAGAGAAGGAGAGAAAUAUCAUGAAUAAUUAAUUAACUAGAAACUUAUAUAAUUCUGGUAGGAAACCUGAUUAAAAUUAGCGAUUUUAGGAUUAGUUUAGUUAAAAAAUAAGGAUGGAGUUCACCCCGGAAAACGUGGAGGCUGCAGUUUUGGAAUUUUAUAAUAAUACGGGCAAAGUAAAUAAGGAAGUUCACGAAUGGUUGAAGCAAUGUCAGUCAUCGAGGGAGGCUUGGCAGGUCGUGUGGCCCUUACUGGACCCUGGGAAGUCCCUCCAGCUGCAGUUUUUAGCCGCUAAUAUUCUCCACUAUAAAGUUUCACGAUGUUUUGGCGAACUUCCGGAACCGGAAUAUGCCGGAUUGAAGGAUAGAUUGGUGGCCAUUGUGGCGAAAUAUAUUGCCGGGCCGCCCAUGGUGUUGACGAGGCUGUGUUUGACGCUUGGAGCAUUCGUGUUAAAUACGAUCGGAACCGUGUGGAUGAAUCCGUUGGACGAUUUGGCGUCAACCUUUGCACCACAAAAUUUCCCCGGGGUACCGGAAGUUACCGUGUUACGGUUGUUGGUCCAGGUUUUUGGACACAUUCCAGAACAGGCAUUUUCGCUGAGUUCCGUGGCGAAAGGACAGGCCUGUCGAGAACUGCAAGGAAAAGGGCAGAUGAUGUACUCAUGGCUGUUUAACGUCGCUCAGAACAAGACUGACAAUAGGGAACUGGUUUUGGAAAUUUAUAAAGCGUUGAACUCUUGGAUGAAGAUGAUCUGCAUUUUUGAAUGGCCGGAAUUAUUUCAGUUCGUCGACCUACUCUGCAACUCGGUGGUGACCUACGUGGAUUUGAAUGAUGGCGACGUGGGCGACAUUGUGAUUGAAAUUCUGAGCGGAAUUGUCGGCGAACCUCAGGCGCAUCAAUAUCCCACAAUAAUUCUAAAACUGCUGGAUAAAGUGAUUAAUCUGCAUCCUUCCCUGCAAAUCGUGAUGCAGAGGGAUGACAUGGAAAUGGCCAACGCAUUUUAUGGAAUGUACGUCGCUCUAGGAGAAUGUCAUUCCAAACUGAUUGUGGAUGUGGCCGAUCCGGAGUGCAGUUAUUCCGUUAGUAAUCCAAAGAAUCGGGAAAAUGCUUUGUCACUCGUGAAGAUUUUGUUGGAUUGCACGGAUUAUCCGGGGAUUUAUCCAGUGGACGAAAUCGUUAGCACGUUACCAAUCCCGGUCUGGUACUCUUUCGUGGAAGAUAUCCAAGCAUAUCAGUCCGAACGGUUAAAAUACAUCAGGAUUAUGCAAGUUUACGAAGAUGUUUAUCAAACGUUGGCGAAAAUUCUGGUGAAGAAGGCGCAAUAUCCGAUCGACACGUCGGACUGGAAUUCCGAGGAGAGAGAAAUGUUUCGCGUGUAUCGCCAGGAUGUCUGUGAUUGUCUCACCUACUGCUUCGAGCUUCGGGGGUGGUCCAUGCUGAAUGAAUUGGUGGACUGGACUGAGGGGCAAUUGGCGGCGGCGGAAAAUAAUCCUGAAGAGCUGGCGACUCGCUGGCCUGAAAUCGAGAGUUUACUACUCGGAAUUAAAGCAGUGUCUGAAAAUAUAUCAGACGAAACUGACCCCGUCGUCGCGGCCCCGAUGAGUCGAGUGUUCACUGUGAUUUACAGAGUUUUAAAGUUGAACCGAGACAACAAAAGUCCGACGGCGAAGAAUCCGAAAUUGUUUCAGGCCGCGAUAGAAUGCAUAAGUUCGUGUAGCGGAAUGCUGCAUUUAUACGACGCCGUAGUGAAAAAUAUUGUAGGAUUCAUUCUGGAAGGUUUAUUCCAACCGGAAAUUAUCACGUCGGCCGCACUAGCCAUGAAAACGUUGAGUAGAGACUGUACGAAAAACUUGUCGGAAUUUACUCCCCAGAUUUUGACAUCGUGCAAACAAGCAUUGGAAAGUGGGAAUUUGACGCCGAACGACUGCAACAGAAUAGUAUUUUGCAUUGGACGAUUUCUGCCGUACUUGCCCAGUGAUCAAGUGAUAUCGGCCGUGAAUGAAAUAUUCUCCCCUUGUCUCACCCAACUCCAAACUUGUGCCGUACGGGAUCCAAAUCCUGAAGUGAAACCUCAACUCGUCGGACUCCUGAACGUGUUCAGCACCCUUUGUUUAUCGUUGGACGGAUCCUCCUCUUCCGACGAGGAGGACGACGAUGGCGAAGAAGUCGACCUGGACGCGGGUGGGGUGCCUUUAAACAACAACAACUCUAGUCAUCAACACCACCCCCCACCCGCCACGCUAAUGACGGCGGGACCCCCGACGAAUCUGGGGACGGGCGGGCCUCCGCGGGCACAACCACUGAUCCCAGUCGUGGAGCAAAUCCUGCCCGUGCUCAUUCCCGUGGCGGAAAAGUGGGCGCGAGACGAGGACGCGAUCGAGGCGCUGUUUUCAAUUGUGAAACACACCUUGUCCACGAUCCAGUCGUCGAGCAUGACCGUUCUGCAGUACGCGAUGCAACUGGUUAUCAUCUCGUUCAAGUUGAACCCCUUGACGAGUGCGACACAUGUGGCGAAACAGACACUAUUAAUGCUCGGGAAGGAGAACAGAGCUGUGCAGCAGCAAUUUCUGAGCGAGAUGCACGUCUCCUGUGCCGACCGUUUAAAGGACAUGAGGGACACGGAAUUUACGGAAUCAUAUUUCCAGCUUUUAGGACAAUUGAUGAAGUCGGAUUGCGACCUUGUCAACGGAUCGGGAAUUUCGUUAGAUUUAGUUUUAUCCCUGUGCAUUGAAUCGUUAAGCCUGCACGAAAUAAACAUGGUGAAGGCGUCGAUAUAUUUGACAACGAUGGCGCUGGACAGAGCAGCAACUCUGGUUCCUUCCAGGGUGGACUUUUAUCGAAGCAAUGGGCAAAGAAUAGUGCAAAAAAUUCUGCACGCUAUUGGAUUUUCGGUACCGAGAUCGCACUGUCAACACUUUGGCGAAUUGAUCCUCUCUGCGAACCGAUGUUUUCCGGCAGAUUGGCGAAAAUGGUUGUCGGAAUGUUUAGGCGUUGAAGGAUUCCCGUCUCCUCAUAUCACGCAGGAACAGAAAACCAAGUUUUAUAUGAAAGUUACAAAGGAACGCGUGAAUAAACGCGCGAUUCAAGACGCAAUCGGAGAAUUUGCAGUCGCCUGUCGAAACAUGUCUGGAUCUGAAUACGCUGCCAACACGUCGAAGAGGAUUUAGUCUUAUUUUUAUUUUUAUUUUUGUGAAGUAUUAUAGAAAUUGGACAUUGUUGUUGUCACCUUAUUCCAUGAUAUGUUUGAUGCGAAGCUCUACCUAUUUACCCACCCACCCACCUUUUCGUUACUGGUACCGGUUUUGUCAUCCUUGUUGUUGACCGUUCAAAGUAUUUUUUAAUUAUGUAGGACUAAUUAUAAUGUGUGUAAGUUAUAACGUAGGACUGGAUGACGAUUCGUCAAAAGAAGCACAGUUUUAAUCAUUUCUCGGCUCUGGGAACUUAUUUUAAAAUUCUGGACGACAAAUUUGUAGUGAGUGAGUUGAUUAAUGGAAUGGCGUUGAGAUUUUUGAGACAGUUUCAAUCAGUUUCAAUUUUUCUGAAGGCUUCUUAAACUUGGGAUGUUCUCCGUCGAAAAGAGUCAAAAUCUGGAGUGGAUAUGUUUAAAAAAUUGGCAUCGUAAAAUUUGUCGUCCAGAAUUUUAAAAUAAGUUCCCAGAAGCGAGAAAUGAUUGAAAAUGUGCGGAUUUUGGCGAUGAGUCGUCGAGUCCUACUUACGUUAAGUGAUGGUCAUCUCGGGUUUAAGCCAAAACUUGUUGCCCUCAAAAAACAUACGUAAAUAAAUGAUAAGUAGUAAGUCAAGUA